AUGGCAUCAACCUCUACUCGUCGUCGAUGGAAAUACGAUGUGUUUCUAAACUUCAGGGGGAAAGAUACCCGCAAAUAUUUUUCCAGAAAUCUGUAUGCUGAAUUAAAUCAGAAAGGAAUUCUCUCCUUUUGGGAUGGGGCAGAGCUUGAGAAAGGGAAAUCCAUUUGGCCUGAACUUUUAGCUGCAAUUGAGGAGUCUAGAUUUGCGAUUGUCAUUCUCUCAGAGAACUAUGCUUCUUCGUCAUGGUGCUUGGAUGAACUCGUCAAGAUUAUUCAAUGCAUGAAAGAGAUGGGCCAACAAGUCCUGCCCGUCUUCUACAAGGUGGAUCCUUCUGAUGUGCGGCACCAAAGGGGAAGGUUUGAGCUCAAAAGGGACCCCGAAGUAGAAGUAAGGGCACAUGAAGAAGUUUAUGGGAAGAAUGAGGACAGACUAAAUGCGUGGAGAGAUGCUUUGACACAGGUGGCCAACCUUUCUGGCUGGGAUUCCAAGAAUUAUCAACAUGAAUCAAGUUUAAUUGACGAGAUUGUUAACCAUAUACUAAAGAAGUCCGUGUAUACAUCUUCAAGUGUUGACAAGGGCUUCAUAGGAAUGGGUUCUCGCAUUGAUGAUUUAUUAAGCAAUUACAUAUAUCCGCAGCUUGGUGGGGUGCGUUUUAUAGGGAUCCAUGGCAUGCGGGGCAUAGGUAAGACAACAGUUGCUCGAGCUAUCCAUGAUCAAAUUUGUCAGGAUUUUGACCGAAUUUGCUUUCUUUCAAAUGUUAGAGAAAUGUGUAAAAACAAUGGCCUAGUUUCUCUACAAGAAAAACUUCUUUCCAGAAUCCUGAUGGCAAAAGUUGAAAAUAUAGAGGAUGUAUACACAGGAGCUGCUAUGAUAGAAAGGCGGUUGUGUAGAAAAAAGGUGUUGGUUGUUAUUGAUGAUGUGGAUCAGUUGACACAAUUAGAGAAAUUGGCUGGAAGUCGCAACUGGUUUGGUUCAGGGACUAGAAUUAUCAUAACCACCACAGAUUUUCAGUUGUUAAAGGCACAUGGUGUUGAUGCUACGUACAAGGCUAAUGGCUUAAACUGUGAUGAAGCACUUCAACUUUUGAGUUUGAAGGCUUUUAAGAAAUGUCCCCCACCAGAAGAUUAUUUGCAUCUGUGCUACAAUAUUACAGGGUAUGCUAAGGGGCUUCCAUUGGCUCUCGUGGUUUUAGGUUCUUUUCUAUUUGGUAGAAGCGCUGAUGAAUGGGCAAGUGCAAUAGAUAGGCUAAAGAACACACCAGAUAAACGCAUUAUUGAGGUGCUUCGGAUUAGUUUUGAUGGACUGGAUGAAAAAGAUAGAGAAAUAUUCCUACAUAUCGCUUGCUUUUACAUGGGGAAGGAUAAGGAUCGUGUGACACAAAUACUAGACUAUUGCCAGCUAAACCCUGUCAUUGGUUUGAGUGUUCUUGCUGAUAGAUCUCUCAUAACUAUCUCCAACAACGAACUAUGGAUGCAUGAUUUGCUACAAGAAUUGGGCCGGGAAAUUGUUCGUGAACAGUCUCCUAAAGAGCCAGGCAAACGUAGUAGAUUAUGGUCUCAUGAAGACAUCAACAGUGUGCUGAAGAAAAAUAAGGGAACAGAUUCAAUCCAAGGCAUGGUAAUGGAGUUGACUAAAUUACGAGUGGCUCAUUGGAAGCCAGAAGCCUUCACAAAUUUGUCUCAACUUGGUCUUCUCCAUAUUCGUAAUGUGGACCUUCCCAAAGGCCUCACUUGUCUUUCUAGUUCCUUGAGACUCCUCGAAUGGACUGGGUAUCCCUUAAGAUCUCUCCCAAAAUUUUUUGAAGCAGAUGAACUUAUUGAACUUAACUUGUGCCACAGCAACAUUAAACAGCUUUGGAAGGGAACAAAGAAUUUUGACAAGUUGAAGUUCAUCAAACUCUGCCAUUCUCAAAAAAUUGUGGAGACCCCAGACCUCGCAGGUGUUCAGAAUCUUGAGACUUUAGAUCUUGAAGGAUGUUCUCAUUUGGUAAGAAUCCAUCAAUCCCUUGGAUUUCUCAAAAAGCUUAUUGUCCUGAAUCUUAAAGACUGCAAAAAUCUCGAGAGUCUGCCGAGUAGAAUUGAAAUGGAAUCUCUUGAAACAUUAAUUCUUUCUAACUGCUCAAAAGUUAAGAAGAUUCCCAAGUUUGUUGGAAAUAUGGAACGUUUGUUGGUGCUUUGUCUCGAUGAGACUGCCAUUGAGGAACUGCCUGUUUCAAUUGAACGGCUGACUGGCCUUGUGUCAUUGAAUCUAAGCAACUGCAGAAAACUUGUUUGUCUUCCAAGCACCAUCAAUAAAUUGAAGUCUGUUGAAAAUCUUAAUCUUUCUGGAUGCUUGAAACUCGGCAAACAUCAGGUAAAUCUGGGGGAGAUGGACUGUUUUGAGGAAACUGAUGUGAAUAGUGGGUCUGCAAUAGAAAUGUCACCUACCCAUGAUCGCAUAAAACAUGUGAGAGGUUCAAUCUUUCAUCGAUGCAAAGUAGUUUGGGGAUCUUUAAAUAAGUUUUUGCCUUCUGGAUUGGUGCAAGUAGUGAAUACAGAGCCAAUGAGUUUCCGCUUGCCUAUAUCUCAAAAAGUGAAUACAGAGCCAACGAGUGUCCGCUUGCCUAUUUCUGGUCUCUGUAAUUUAACCUAUCUGAACCUGAGUAAUUGCAAUCUUGGUGAAGGAGCAUUUGCCAACGAAUUCGGUUACUUUCCCUCUUUGGUGACCUUGAAUCUAAGUGGAAACAAUUUUGUUCGCAUUCCUUCAGGCAUUCGAUUGCUUUCUAAGCUUGAGAACUUUAACUUGGAGAAUUGCAAGAGACUUCAAGAGUUGUCAGACCUUCCAUCAAAUAGUAGACUAGAUUUAAGGGCAGAUGGUUGUACUUCACUGAAAUACUUGUUUGAUGCAUCAAAUUUGAACAGACUAAAUAGAUCAUAUUUCAAUUUCAUCAAUUGCUUCAAUCUAAAUGGCAAUGAAGGAUGCAAUAACAUAGCAUUUGAAAUGCUGAGGACACUCAUGUAUCAGGGAAUCUCUAAUAAGAGGGAAACUUUUCAAAUUGUAAUUCCUGGAAGUAAUAUUCCUGAGUGGUUCAGCCAUCAGAGCGUUGGGUGUUCAUUAAGUGUAUCUCUACCUGUACAUUGGAAUAACAGUCGGUUUUUGGGAUUUGCUUUGUGUGCUGUUUUUUUACUCCAUGAGCACCAUCCGGUGGAUGAGCUUUAUAUAGAUGAAUUCAGGACUUUUAAUGCAACACAUCAUCUUGUAUGUUGCCUGAAGCUCAAUGGAAGAGAAUUGGAAGUAUAUGGCAGACAGCCUGCAUUUCGCUUUAGUGAAGAAUUUUGCCAGGUUAAAUCAGAUCACCUGUGGCUAUUCUAUGUAUCUCGUGAUAAAUACUUUGGUACAGAGUGGUGGCAUAACAGUUGCAGUCAGCUUGAGUUCUUAUUUGAAACUAGAGGGCGGGGUCUGAAGGUGAAGGGGUGUGGAGUCCGUCUGAUAUAUGAGCAAGAAGUGCAAGAGUUGAACCAAAGAACCACUCAAUCAAGCAGUAGGAUGUGUCAUUAUGCGGAUAUAUUGAUUGGUUUUGGCAUUCCAGUUGCAGGGGAAACCAGUGGCACUGGUAGCAGAACUUGCACGCUUGAAGAAUUGUAGGACUGGCAGAAAUAUAGGGGAUCCAGUGAUCAACCACUGGCCACUCUGAAAGACCACAGUUAAGGACUUUCUGAUCCUAUGACUCGAAAUGAGUUGCAGAUCAUGAAUAGACAAUGCCUCCUUCUCUCAUUUGAAUUUCUGCAGAAAUUACUUUCUGGAGCUCUCUUGCCUUCAUCUUUUACAGUAAGCUUGGAAACUUUUGCACUGGGCUGAACAUACAUAUAGAGAAAUGGUAACCAUCGAUCCUACAUCUGAGGCGGAGACAAAACUUAUGUCCCUGGUUAAAAUGAGGUACAAUGAAUUGGAGGCUUCAAUGGCAAUAGAAAGAUGCGCGCAUACAAAAAAUAUAUUGGCUCCUUUCUGGGUAGUCAGGAAUCAGGAUCACAAUCAUGUAACUGGAACUGUAUAGCAGGAGAAUCUUGUGGAACUAGGCUACAAUGUUUUUCAUAGCAUAAAAAAGCUGCUCAAAUUUCAGAGGCAGAAGGUGGC